ACCGCGCGAGGACAGCAAGGUCGUCGGGCUAUCGGUGCUUACCUAAUCAUUGCGAUUGGCCGACGGCUCUCCCGUAAGCCCCGCCUACCAGAUCUGGCCGAAAGGAAUAACGGAAGGGAAAUUUUUGGAAACGACACAUAUUCAGGGAUAUACGUGUGAGUGUCUCUUUUAUCUCUAUCUUUAUCCGAAAGACGAAAACGAAGGCGAAGCCGUCGUCAAGAGUUCCGGGUGCGGAGAUAGUUUUCUCGCGACCACUACGGAAUCGUUCCGUGCUCUCUCCCUCUCUCUCUCUCUCGUUCUCACGUUCCGUGGCACGGGGUUAAGAAGAGAAGACCGACCGAGCAAAGGAGCGAGAGAGAGAGAGAGAGAGGAGUGGCGAGGAGUGGAAUCGGUGUUCGUGCCGACACACACACACACACACACACACAUACAGACAGCCAGCCAGAGAGAGAAAGAGAGAGGGAGAGAGAGAGAGAGAGAGAGAGCGAAGAGGACGUCAGCUGUGUGCGCUUUUACGACAAGGGGGACGUGUGUGGUACCGUGACGGAGAGGGAAAGAGGAGGAGAACCGACGAGAAGGAGAGAAAGAGAGAGAUAGAAGCCACUGUCGAGAGAUAGAGAAAUGGCGGCGCUGGUGGCAGGUGUCCAGUAUGGUUUGUCGUCGCAUAGCAAUUUUCACGAGAACAAAUCGCUCAUCUUCGUGAAGCUCACGGAUUCGGCGCAACGUGCCAUCGAGGAUUUUCUUAGGAAUCGGAACAAGACCAGCCAAAACCCUACGAUACAGUUCCUAGGAAAUGAGGGGCAACUGUCGUUCCCAUCCACGCAAUCUAGCCAUGGCUCGGCGGGUUUUACCUUCAGCCUGUCCGGCAAUCAAGACAUCGAGGGUCCUCAGGGUGGCUUCGAGUGCAUUCAGCAAACAGGUCCAACGAGUCUGGAAAGCCUCGGAGCGUUGCCAUGUAAAAUGCGGAUACAGGCGAACGACGAUGUCUACGAGACAACUAGACAUCGAAUGGCAGUGGCAGAAGAAAAUAAUAAGAAUAAAUGCACCAGGGUGAUCAAAGCGAACGGACCGGACAUCGGUCGAAAGGUAAAGGUUAAAAGUACAGGAAGAACGAUACCAACGGCGUCGAGCAAUCCGAGACAUCGGGAACCGUCGUCGUCGUCGUCGUCGAACGUUCCGCCAUCGUCCAUCGGCGGUAAUCAAUCGAGAUUGUCUUCCACCUACAAACCGGCUCCUAGCAGUAAUCCAUCGAUCGUUCGUAAUCAACCGGAGAAAAAGGUCUCCGACAUUAUGCGAAGACCUCUCAAAGAACGGCUGAUACACCUACUUGCUUUGAGACCAUACAAGAAACCCGAGUUGUACGAUCGCAUCAGCAGAGAAGGAAUAAAGGAACGCGAACGCAGCAGCAUGACAACGAUUCUGAAGCAAGUCGCCUUCAUGCGGGACAACACGUAUCAUCUGCAUAGGUACGUUUGGAACGACGUCCAGGAGGAUUGGCCGUAUUACACGGAACAGGAAAAGGCCAUGCUGAAGAGGAGAAAACCUCAGAACCUUACGCCACCCGGAUCCAGCGAUGGUGGUUCUAGCGGUAGCGGACAAUCACCAAAUUCUGUUCAUCCGGGUUCGCCACCGGCAAUAACCGGGCCACCGCCGAAUCUUCUUAACAAGAGACCUGGCUAUUAUCAGGGUAACGACGGUCUGCCAACAAAGAAGCCUCGAAUAUCGCAUUAUAAAAAGCCCGAGCCUAGCUCGAACGCAUCCUCGUCUUUGUCUUCCACUUCUUCCAAAGCCGGCGAGAGCGGAAGGACGACAGGUAGUGCUGUUAGUGGUGGUGUCGUUGUCGGUGCCGGUAUUGGUGGGAAUGCCUCUAACGGUAGUGGUGGUAGUGGUAGUACUAGUGUAGGUACUAGCGGUAACGCUGGUUUAUUUGAUGUCUGGGACCAGAGACAGCAACAACAACAGCAGCAGCAGCAGCAGCAGCAACAGCAGCAACAGCAACAGCAACCACAACGCGAACGCCGUGCCGAUUAUCGGGCCGAAAGAACAUCGAACAGUGAAGUGUUACGAGGUAGCGGAAGCUACGCCAACGGCAACAAAACUUGUUCAACGACGAUGAAUAACAUCGGCGACGCGAGCAAUCAAAGCGACUCCGUUAUCUCGAGCAGCGAGAGCAAUACCAUGAACGUCAACACCGUCAGCCAUAAUUCCCAUAAUAGUCUAACUCAUAAUAAUUCAACGUGCAACAAUCGUAAUCACCACGGUGUUGGUGCCGUCAGUGGUGGUAAUAGUGGUGGUGUUAGUAGUGGAGGAGGAGGAAGCGGCGGCGGGCCUGUUAGCAAAUCGAUCCCAGCCAGUAGUGAAAAUAGCAUUGGUUCAAGUGUAGAUCAUAUUGCGCGCAACGUGGCCAAUUCCACGAGCGGUCCAGGAAACAUCGCUAUGGGUGGAGUUAGUGUUGGUUCUGGUGGUGGUACCAAUAGUACUAGCGGUGGUUACAGUGCUAUACCAAAUGGUACGAUCACCGAACGAAAAGACAGAAGCGAUCGGGUUCGCGGCGAUAGAGAGAGAGAAUCAAGAAAGAGGAAUAGUGCCAGCAACGGCGGCACGUCCCUCUCAACCACGGAUCAUAAUCUCGUCAAUCUUCCUGUCUCCGAGUACAACGAUAACGCCGAUGAUAACACCGUCACGACGUCCACGUGCAAUGUCGAUUCGCCGGAAAGCCACAAGUUUACCGACUACCCUAGCUACCUCGCAUAUUAUACGACAAUAAGCAGCCUGGAACAGAGACGACGUUAUAAAGCUGAAUUUAACGCGGACUACGAGGAAUAUAAAAGAUUGCACGCUCAAAUGGCGAUGGUCUCGGGACGUUUCAAGCAAUUGGAGGAGCGCCUGAAGGAAGAGGAAGCGAUGGGCAAUAUAGAAGGAUGCAAGGAGGUCAAACGGCAAAUUCUUAUGGAGUAUAACGAAACGAAGCGCGAUCCGAUGCAAAGGGAGACGAAACGUCGCUUCCAUUAUCUGCACGAAAAGUUGAGCCAUAUAAAGAGACUGGUUCUAGAGUACGAUACGCUAAACAGUAGCGGAAGUAUGAUGCUCAUGACGAUGAUGGCCAACCGCAAGAUGGGUGAUACAGGCGAAAUGGAUACUAUACAUUACUGACAUACGAUGAAAAGGCCGGCUUUCUUUGACUACGUCUGUUCUCGGUUGUCGGUACGCUACAGUCGCGACUUGGUCGUUGUCGCAGAAUUUGCAUUUUCUCGGCAAAGUUGCAAGGCUGAACUUCUUAACGGUCCUUAUGGUUCCUGGAUUAAUUAUCGCCGAAAAACUAAACUUAACUGAACUGAAUGGGGGUUGCGCGACUCGAAAACGAAUGCCGCUCGACGAAUCUUCCUGCCCGUAACUGCGAGAAUCGAUGGGAGAACGCGUUACCAAUUUUAUUCUCCAACUUUUCGACUUUCUCCGUUUGCGCAGAGAGCACACAUUGCGAUGAGCUAACUGUCGAACUGGCGUUUCAAAUUCGACCAAUGCUAAGCUUCUCGGUUUAUCGCAGAUUAUAUAAAACAUGAAAAGGCUGACGACAAUCGGUACGUUUAAAAGGCAAAGAUGCAAAAUGACAAAAGAAAAAAAGAGAAAAGAAAAAAAAAGAAACAAAAAAGGGGAAAAAAAAGAAGUAAUAAAACGAGAGAAAAAAGUGAUCGGCUAAUAUCUCGAAGGCGGGCGUUGUGCGGUAGCGGUGAGUGGGGACGGCCGAAGAUCUUUCCAAAUGCUCGCGUACGUUGCGAGAUAAGUAAGUACACACAUAUAUGUCGAGUUCAAAGCUCGCACAUCCUCCACGGCCACGACGACGCAACUUGGAAAAGUCAAAGUAUGACGGGGCAACGAAGAGAGUAGACAGUGAGAGAAAGAAAAAAGUAGUUUUAAUUCUAACAAAAAGUUACUUUACCGUGCGCACGCGUCCAAGUGUGUCGUCCAGUUUAAAAGUGUUAGGUAUAGAUUAAAAGAAAAGAAAAAGAAAAAAAAAAAAAAAAAAAAAUAUAAAUCUAAAAUUGCGUGAAGAUAGAAGAGGGUCCAAGAGGUACUCUUG